UGAAAUAGGAGUCGACAUUAAUGGAUGAUUUGGGUGCAGUUUCUGAACCCUCUGUUCAAACAGAACAAGAAGAUGAUAAAUCAAAGUUACCAGAGACAGAUUUACCGCAGCCUCCAGAUUCUAAUCCAACAGGUCGGCCUGCUGAAGCUUGGAAAAGUGGGCUAUGUGCUUGCUGCAAUAAUCCAUGCAAUGCUCUCGUAACUGCUUUGUUCCCGUGCGUGACGUUCGGUCAGGUUGCAGAAAUGGUAGAUGAAGGCAACAUCGCAUGUUGUACUAGUAUAACGCUUUACAUGGGGAUGUGCUUGGCGAUUGGCUUGGGGAUAGGCUUAUGCUGCAAGUGGAAGUAUGGGUUAUGUAAACAGACAGCAGACUACCGAACUAAACUGAGGAAAAAGUUCAACCUUCCACAGAGUCCUGCACCGGACUGGGCCGCUCAUUUAUGCUGUCAUUGGUGUGCUCUCUGUCAAGAAUACAGGGAGCUUCAAUCCAGAGGCUUCGAUCCGUCUCUUGGUUGGAAGAAGAACGAAGCAAAGAAUAGAGAAAAGGAUCAGCAACAAACAAUGGAGCACCCAAUGAACCAAAAUGACGAAAUGAAGAAAUUAAGUUCAAUUAAAGUAGGAAUUCUAGUGUCUGUAUUUCAAAGUUCAUCUACUUUAUUAUUUACGACUGAAUUGUUGUUGCAGCACGUUGAAAUAAUAGCUGAUAGCUAAUAUUAUCUAAUAACUGAAAUAAUGUUUUGAAUUUGAGUAAAAGUUGAAUACAGCUGAACAAUUGUAAAUCUAUUUAAUUAGUCUGUCAAGAAAAUUGUUUCUUCAUA